AUGUACGCAAAGGUCAUCAUCUUCAUGUGCGCCGCGGGCAUCGCCUCCGCUGGUAACCUCCUGCAUGCUGCCCCGGUCGCGUACGCAGCAGCACCUGUUGUUACCAAAACAAUCUCUCCAGCUGUAUCCUACCAGACCAUCUCUACUCACUCAGCCCCGGCCCUCGCCACGUACUCAGCACCUGCCGUCGCUGCUUACUCUUCCCCCUACGUGACUAAGACUAUCUCCGCCCCUGUAUCUUACUCCUCUGUGGCGCACCCGGCCGUGUCUUACUCGUCUGUGUCCCACGCUUCCCCAGUAGCGUACUCAAGUCCGGUUUUGACUAAGACCAUCGCUGCUCCCGCCUACUCUACUUACGCCGCAGCGGCUCCCGCCUACUCUACUUACACAGCAGCUGCUCCCGCUUACUCUACUUACGCUGCCGCACCCGUACUGAAGUCUGCCAUCACUUACUCCGCCGCACCCGCGGUCUCUCACGUCACUUACUCUGGUUUGGGUGUCAAUUACGCCUGGUAA